GUCGAGCAGGCAAGAGAGCCUCCUUCGUGUUGGGGGUGUGUCGCCAAAGGCGUCUCCGAAGGGGCGAGUCCCUAGGUCAGCUCCGCCCGCUCCAGACGCGGAAGUGGCGGCCUCUGGGGCAGCAGGAGCCGAAGCGGGACACGGGGGACCAUGGCGCCGGCUGGACUGAAGGCGGUCGUGGGAGAGAAGAUCCUAAAUGAUGUCAUACUCAGCAUGAAGAAAGAAGGUGAAUGGAAGGUACUCAUUAUGGAUCAAGCAAGCACGCGCAUUCUCUCAUCCUGUUUUAAGAUGUCGGACCUUCUGGCCGAAGGAAUCACAAUUAUCGAAGAUAUUAACAAGCGCCGAGAGCCCCUCCCCAGCCUGGAAGCAAUCUAUUUGAUCAGCCCCAUUGAGACGUCAGUCCAUGCUCUGAUCAAUGACUUCAAAGCGACUCCCACAUUUUCAUACAAGGCCGCCCACGUCUUCUUCACUGACACCUGCCCUGAGAACCUCUUUAAUGAGCUUGGCAAGUCCCGAAUCACCAAAGCCAUCAAAACACUCAAGGAAAUCCAUGUUGCCUUCCUUCCCUAUGAGUCACAGGUGUACUCCCUGGACAAUCCCCAGAGCUUCCAUCAUCUCUUUAGCCCAUACUGCAGGGAAGAUAAGAACAACCACUUGGAGAGGAUGGCAGAGCAGAUUGCCACGUUGUGUGACACCCUCAAGGAGUACCCCUCCAUUCGCUAUAGGAACGGCUCCGAAGACUGCUGUCUGUUGGCCCAUGCAGUACUGGCAAAGCUGAAUGCUUUCAAAGCAGACAACCCGACCAUGGGAGAGGGCCCUGACAAAUCUCGCUCUCAGCUUCUGAUUGUGGACCGGAGCUAUGACCUGGUAUCCCCACUUCUGCAUGAGCUCACCUUCCAGGCUAUGGCCUACGACCUACUCACUGUUGAGAACGACACAUAUAGGUACGAAGCUACAGGCAUCAGUGACUCACGUGAAAAAGUGGUACUGCUGGAUGAGGAUGACGACCUGUGGGUGCAGCUACGUCACAUGCACAUAGCUGAUGUGUCCAAGAAAGUGACUGAGCUCCUGCGUACCUUCUGUGAGAGCAAGAGACUUACUACAGACAAGGCCAACAUCAAGGACCUAUCUCAGAUCUUGAAGAAGAUGCCCCAGUACCAGAAAGAGCUGCACAAGUAUUCCACACAUCUGCACCUGGCUGAAGACUGUAUGAAUCACUUCAAGGGCACAGUGGAGAAGCUGUGUGGUGUUGAGCAGGACCUAGCCACAGGCAUGGAUGUUGAAGGGGAGAAAGUCAAAAACCCUAUGAAGACUAUUGUACCCACAGUCCUGGAUCCCAAUGUGCAGCCCUUCGAUAAGAUCCGCAUCAUCCUGCUCUGCAUCUUCCUCCAGAAUGGCAUCAAUGAAGAGAACCUUACCAAGCUCAUCCAGCACGCCAACAUACAGCAGGAGAGAGAGACUCUCUACAACAUGCACUGUCUGGGGGCCGCCAUCAUGCCAGAGGACACUGGUGGGCAUCUGAAACCUGUGAGGAAAGUCCGACUAGAGUCAACCUACCAGCUCUCCCGAUGGAGUCCUGUCCUUAAGGACAUCAUGGAGGAUACCAUCGAGGACAAGCUGGACAAGAAACUGUGGCCCUAUGUAUCUUGCCCGACUCCAGCCCCCUGCUCACAAGCUGCUGUGAGUGCCCGCUUUGGUCAUUGGCACAAGACCAAAACAGCAACUGAGUACCGGACAGGACCCCGUCUCAUCAUCUAUGUGUUGGGCGGAGUCACCAUGUCAGAGAUGCGCUGUGCCUAUGAGGUUACAGAGGCCACUGAUGGGAAGUGGGAGGUGCUGAUUGGCUCAUCCCACAUCCUGACUCCCAAGCAGUUCCUAGAAGAUGUACGCAAUCUGACUGAGCAGACUCCAUUGAAAUCCUAAGAUCACUCCUCACCCUUAAGAAACUUUCUGAUAACAAUUCUAUUUAUCAACCACAAAGUUUUUCUCAACAGGAUGUCCUCUCACACAAAAAUGACUCUGCUAGUUCCUGUUGGCCCUCAGCAUAGCCUCUCCUUCUGCCAGCUUUUAUGAAGGAGCCUGCCACUGGAGGACAUGGUCUAAUAUCCAGGGCAAAGACAAGAGCCCAGCCACCUGUAUUGAACUCUUUAUCUCUUAUUGAGAUACGGUUUCUGGUUGCACUUUAUUUUCUGUUUCCCUCUUUUUCUUGCCUUCUCCCUGGGAGAGGAGUGGCAGCAAUCUUGAUGCUCUACCAUUUCCUCUCUCCAUCUACCUGUGCAGUUAUUUGCUCCCUUAAGUGGGAUUUCUAGGGGGAAAGCUCUUCUGACAUCUACAUACACAUCCUUGCAACUAUCUGAACUUCACCAAGGUCCUCAUUCUUUCUUUGUCUCAAGGACAUUUUUUAAAAUGAAGUUUACAUAUAUAUUUGGGACCAUUUAUCCACAAUUCUUUUCAGAAAAAGCAUGGAUCAGUAGCAGCAGUAGCCAUCACUAGAUUCUUACCAUUGCAGACCUAACAGUUGUGCUGACAAACUUGUACAAAAUAAGGGUUGUGUUGCUUCUUUAGAAAGUCCAGUUAAGACCUCUGUACAGAAAGUGGUAUGUACUUCUUGCAUCUCAAGAAUCCCAUCUCUGCUAAAGAAUUCUAGUCCCCUGUAAAAUAAAAUGUGAAAAUUAAGAUUGCAUGUACAAUCUGUUCUGCAAACCAAAUUUUAACUUUGGCAGUGGUAAAAAGUCAGCAGCUGUGAUGAUGUAUCCCAAGAUGUGGGGUGGGAAUUAGCAUGUGAAGGAGAAAUUUUCUUUCCCUCUGAUGUGGAGAACCUUUUGACAGGUGGUGGGGACAUACAAUUUCCUCGUCUGCAUUUUGCAAUGAUAUAUUUGGAGAAGGAUUGUACCACAUGAUUGUCUAAAUCCUAUAGUUCAGCUUCUAGUGUUAUGAAACAGCUAACAUCCAGACUGGCUGCACUAGUGCUACAAGGGAAAAACAAUUUCUCCCAAUCUCCCCUUCCCUCUGAAGCCCAUUGUGCCUCCCAAAAAUAUAUCCCUGAGGACUGUGUGAGACUCAGGGACAUAUUUUGGAGAGGUACAAUGUGUUUACGCUGGGAAUGUUGAACAGUUCAGAGGUGUUUUUCCCCAUUCUAAUGUUAUAAAUGGGCUCUUCUGACAGUAGGUGCAAGCAGUUCCUCAUGCUGUCUCAACUGAGGAAGAGUAUUUUAAGUUUAUGGAAAUGAUGCUCUAGAUCAGACCUGCUAAACUUUGGCCCUCCUACAGAUGUUGGCCUACAACUCCCAUAAUCCCUGGCUAUUGGCUACAGUGGCUGGGAAUUAUGGGAGUUGUAGUCCAAAAACAGCUGGGGGGCCUAAGUUGAGCAGCCUGCUCUAGAUGGUCUCUCGUAUAUGCAACCUCAACAUAGAGGGCAAUUUAAUCUCUCUAGCACAAAAAAUACCAAAUUUAACUCUCAAAAGGCUUAGUAUUGCAGCAAUAAUCACUGCAUUCUUCCGGUAAAUUCUAUCCCCCCAAAUAAGAGAGACAAAAAUAUAACUUUCAAAAUCCAUCUGGUCAAAGAACAUCAUAAAGUCAUACAUAGAAGUGCACUUUCCUAGAACGCAAAAUCAAAUGCAUAUUCCACACAAGCACUUAAUCCAAACAAUUUCCUCAAAAGAAAUGAUGUAAAACUCCAUGACACUCCAUGUUCAUAAACAGGUGUGUGAGAUCACCAUAACUUUUAGAAAAUCAUUCCAAAAGUUACUUUUGCAGAGGUACUUGAGACUGAUGCAAAUUGUGGAGUCACUGGCUAAUUAAAUGUGGAAGUAUUUGUCUGCUGCCGGCCAUCCUUUCACCUGUUUCUGACUCCACGAGCUGAUUAUAACCAAGCCAGGAACUGUACAACUCAAGCACCCCACUGUUGUCAUUCGUUGCAUGGAUGACUUUGCUUCUGUGCGGAAUAUAUGUAUACCUGCUGUUGAUGUCAUGGCGGUAGGCCAUGUGCAGCAGCUUCCUACCUUUUGCGGGAACAUCUGCUUCCACUGGGGUGCUUAAACUUUGUCACAGACUCAUGUGGCCUUCAUUUUUUAUUUCCAUUAAUCUCCCUCCUUCAUGUAAAGUGAGAGCAGCGCCAUUUUGUUUUCAGCAUAGUUUGAAGUUAGGAAACUCUAGGAAGAAGUUCCUGAACUAUGACUGGAGGCAUUGGAGGGUCGCUCUACACUUUAUGCAGCAAACACAAUUGCUGCAUGUAGACCAGUGUUACACUGAUGUUUUCUCAAGCAAACAUUUAAAAUAUACAUGCAUAUAUUGGGUAUUUAAUGAUAUGUGUAUGUCGCCAAUAGGCAUGCAUUUGUAGAAAACUAGUGUAAUAUUGAUGUAGACACAGCAGUCAUUUUUAUUAUGUAAAUUUUGGAAUUCUGAAUAAACUAAGAAAAAUGAGAGUUAAAUACUGGAGUAUUUUUAAAGGCUGUAUCAAACAUUACAUUGUUGUGAUAUAUAUUAAAUCUUUGGUGUGAA